AGCGGUUCAUUCGCGACUAUAACGGCAUCGCAUACGCCGCGUCUUGUUCUUACGCUGUGCAGUUGUCCGCUUGAAAACCUGUGCACCAUUCGAAGGCUCCGCCCUACCAUAAAUACUCUCCCCCCUCCCAACCACAUCGACGCAACCAUGGCCGCGUUCCAACGCCCCGUCAUGCCCGAGGACUCGGUGCUAGUCUCGACAUUGCACGAGCUGGCCAACAAGCAGAGCGGAAGGUCCAAGCUCGUCAAAUCGUCUGUGUACGACGCACCCGCAGAUCCCGAGAUCAAGGUGCAUAGCUGGAAGAUGGACGAAUACCGGUACUACGAUGUCCCGUCGCCGUUCCCGACCCUUGCGCGAGGAUUGUUCACGGUCACGCUGCCGAGCGUGGGCAAGGAUGGAAAGAACGCCCACCUGAUUGUUGCGCGCGGGUACGAUAAGUUCUUCAAUAUCGGGGAGGUUCCUUGGACGACGUGGCCGUCGUUGGAGGCACACACCGCCGGACCGUACACAGCUUCUCUCAAAAGUAAUGGAUGCAUCAUCUUCAUCGCUGCUUUGACGCCAGAUAAACUCAUCAUCACAUCGAAACACUCCAUCGGACCCGUCGUCGGACAAAAUACCAGUCACGCUGAAGCUGGAGAGGGGUGGCUUCGCAAAUAUCUCGAUGAGAAGGGAAAGACAGAGGCUGACUUCGCGAAGAGACUUUGGGAUAACAACUGGACUGCCAUCGCUGAGCUCUGCGACGACUCGUUCGAAGAGCAUGUCCUCGGGUACUCACCCGAGAAAACCGGCCUCCACCUGCACGGACUGAACACCUCAACCUCAGUUUUCCAUACUCUCCCUCACUCUGUGAUCGACGCGUUCGCCGAUGAGUGGGGCUUCAUCCGCACCCCGUCACUGGAGUUUCCUACUCUCGCAGCCGUCCGCGCCUUCACUGACGGGGUCUCUGCUGCCGGCCACUGGGAGGGCGAGCCUGUUGAAGGUUUCGUCGUACGCACACACGUCACAUCGAAACCCGGAGACGCACCCUACGCUCCUGGCUCGACAUUCUUCUUCAAAAUCAAAUUCGAUGAGCCGUACAUGAUGUACCGCGACUGGAGGGAGCUCACGAAAUCGCUUUUGACUGCGCAUGAUAAAGGGCUGUCUGGCAAAGGGGCAGGAAUGAGCGAGGGGGCGCUGUCAAAGGGCAAGAUGCGUAGGCCGGAGAGCAAAGUCUAUGUUCGAUGGGUCAUGAAGGAGAUCGUACGCGACCCGGAGACAUUUGCCCAGUACGGGAAAAACAAGGGCAUUAUCGCAACGAGGGACAAGUUCAUGGUCUAUCUGGCUUCAGAAGAGGGCCAACAGCAGUUGGCACUCGCUAAAGAGAACAGGCUGCCACCUGCCACGACAGCGAAUACAGCUAGCCCUAGUGCUCAGUUUGGCAAGACUGUCAUCGUGCCAGUUGCGAUCCCCGGUAGCGGCAAGACAGCAGUUGCAGUCGCCCUGACGCAUAUCUUUGGGUUCGGUCACACUCAAAGUGACGACGUCAAGGCGAAAAAAGCUGCACCCAUCUUCUUGAAAAACGUUAAUGCGCUAUUGACAACUCAUGACGUUGUAAUCGCCGACAAAAACAAUCAUCUCAAACAGCACCGAGCUCAGCUACGUCAAGCUGUAGCCGGUCGAAACCCUCCGGUCCGCCUACUUGCUCUCAAUUGGGCUCUAAAUGCAAACGGCAUGACACCUGCCGACGCACAUCGCAUUUGCAGCUCUCGUAUCACGAAACGCGGAGAAAAUCAUCAGACGCUUCGACCGGACGAAACGGGCGACGCAAAAGCCAACCACGGGCAUGUAGUCUCCAUGUUCAUCAAGCAGACAGAUGCCCUUGUGUCAGAAGAGGUGGACGGGAUCAUUGAAAUGUCGAUCGAUGAAGGCAUGGACGCUUCCAUCCGCCGCGCUGUCGAUGGCGUUGUCCGGGAGCUGGAGCUGCUGGAACCUACAGAACAAAAGAUCCAGGAGGGAAUCCAGGCUGCGCGUGAUUAUGUUGUCGCUGCCUCCGAGGAACCCCAGGCCAAAAAGUCAGCGAAGGCCGACAGCAAGAAGGGCAAAGAGAAGGCUAAGGAACAGGCUGUUCCUACUGUCAAGAAGCCCAAACCUCCACGCUACUAUGGGCUUGUUCCUGAUUUCUCUUUUGACUCCCUCGUUGGAUCGGUUUCUUCCGACUCCAAGGCUGCUGAAUUCCUCACUUUGCUACGAGAGAAAGAACGGAUCACAGCUCGACCUCACGUGACUGUCGUCCACUCGAAGGCGUUGAGCGAGCCUGGGGCACAAGAUCUCUGGGGCCGAUGUGCACGGCUCGAUCUUGGCCCUGAAAAAGAUCAAGCCGUCUUCACCUGCAAGCUCAACACUCUUCUUUGGGAUGGAAGGGUGAUGGCCGUCGUAGUUGACGAUCUGAAGCUCGAUAAGGAAGGACGAGAAGGACAGGUUGGUGCCGAGUUCGUGUCGAUGCUUGGAGAACGUGUUCGCAGUAGACUGCACCUCACAGUCGGGACCAAAGAUCCCAGCAUCCAGCCAGUCGAAGCAAAAGCAAUGGUCGAGUCGUGGCGAGCAGGCAAGACAGGAAUCAAAACCCUCCAGCUCGAUGAAAAAACUGUCCAAGCAAGAGUGAAGGGACUCUUCAGCUAA